AUGGCUAGUUUGCAAUCAGAAGCAGGUUGUCAAAGUAAUGACCUAAAUAAUCAAUUCCCAAUGGAGGUAGAAUCCUCUUUAAGAUUUCCAUUGGACAGUUCAAUGAGAAUAAUUUUUACUGGAUAUUACAAUGGGUUUGGUGUGGAGGUCAGGGGAAUUGAAGAAAUGUCAAUGUUGUACCACAUGGGUUGUUUUGGAAAGAGUACUAAAUCUAAAUCUAGACCUAAAGCUAUUAAGAAUGAUGAAAGUCCACAAAUUAUGAGGAAAAGGCAAUACCUCAAAAGGAACUAUUGGUUUAAAAAGUUUGAACCCACAGAAUCAUGUACAGAAUCAAAUAGUUUCAUUAAUCAUGUAGAUAGUUUAUUGACCAAGCUCCUUAAAGAUAGUGCUAGUAAAACAAAUGAUGUAAUAGAUUUAGUUUCUAGCGAUGACGGUGAUACUGAGCAAAAUGACACAGUGGAGUCCAAAGAUACCUUUACUUAUGGGAAACAAGCAACAGUUGUUAUUGUACCAAAUUCUGAUUCUGAGGAUGAUAAUUAUUUUCUUAAUUUGAAGCCAAAGUGCUGUGUUAACCGAAUAAAACUGGAAGAAAAGCUAAUGCUGACUAAGCAAGAAGCAUUUUUCCUUGUAUAUGGACUGGGCUGUUUACAAGUGUUAGAUAGUGAAAACAAGGUUUUAAAAGUAAAAGAUUGUUGGAAGCUGUUUGCUGAAAGUGACAGUAGUUUCAUUAGGAAGUAUGUUGUAUAUCACUAUUAUAGAUCUAAAGGGUAUAUUGUGAAGCCUGGAAUCAAGUUUGGAGGAGAUUAUUUAUUAUACAGAGAGGGUCCUGGUAUUAACCACUCCGAUUUUAUUGUGGUUAUAAAACAUGAAUAUGACGAUUACAAUACAUGGUUAUCUAUUUUAGCCCAUGUUAGAAUGGCUGUUACAACUCUUAAGGAGAUCUUAACAAUUGAAGUAAUAGAGCCAAAUGCAAACAUGACUCUACCAAAUGAUCUUAAUAAAUAUACUGUGAAGGAAUUGUUGUUAACAAGACACCUUCCUGUAGUAAUAAAUGCUGGUAAAGACUAA